AGAGUGAGAAACUCAACCCAACCGCGUCGGUUCUGGACAAUGACGUUUGGGGCACAGACCAGUCCAGUGGCUGCACUGCCCGAUUCGGAUUCUAAGAGAGGAAUCAAGCGAACCGCAAGAGCAUCAAAGGAGGUGUUUCGUGGACGGAUUGAGAGCGCGAAGAGUCUCGGUGGAGGAGAGAAAAGCGGCGACUUCCCGGGUAGAUAUAAUUAGUGUAGGGGAAGUGUGGGUUCGUUUUUUUUGACUUUUCUUUUUUUUUUCUUUGAACGAAAGGAUGUCAGGAUGCAGUGCAAUAGUGUGUCAAACACAGCAAGCAAGGCACCUGAGCAUCAAAAAAAGGAAAGUAGGGAAAAGGGGGAGGAAGGAGAAGCAGAGAUACGAUGGAGGAGGUGGGAGAGGAAGAAGAGGAGGAGGAGGAAGAGAUGGAACGACGAGCAGCGGGAAUGAAUGGGGUCGAGAGGAAGCGAAAGGCGAGCGAAAGAAACGAACAAGACCGACGACGCUUGGCCGUUACGGGCCAGUCACCGGAUGGGAUUGCAGCGUUUGUCUCCGCCGAACUCUUCACGUACUUACUUCCCCCUCAUAUCUACACCUCCCCAGCCAGACGACAGAAGGGCAUUGCAUUCCAUUGCGAAUCUCUCGGAUCUUGACGAGCAAGAUUGAUAAAAUCUCCUCGAUUCAAUUUCCCUGCCAUCUCUCUUCCACUCCGGCUGGUCUGGCCGGUUCUGCAUCGGCAACUUUAGUCUGGAUUGCGGCGCUUACCAUAGAGGCCCGGUUGCUAUGAAUAACCCCUUCCAGUGCUACUCACCCAACGGUAAUCUCGGUCAAAAGCCGAAUUGCUUGCUUUCUUGAUUUGGUCCACUGCAGCUCGCCCAAUGAUGAUCGGCUCUUUGUCGCAUAGUUCUGACAUCGCUAUACGAGAG